AUGGGUUGAUACAGAAUAGUAUAAAAACAUCAAGAGCAUUCAAAAGUCUCACUGAAGGCCUGAAAAGUACCAGACAAGAUGAAGUGGCUGGUCGUUGUACUCGCUUGUGUUCAACUCUCUGAGUGUUUAGUCAGGGUUCCGUUGACGAAGGGCAAAUCUGCCCGGCAGGCUCUACAAGAACGUGGGCUUCUUGGUGAAUUACUAAAGAAUCACCCAUACAAUCCAUACACCAAAUAUGCAGGCUACUUCAAUGGGCAGACCAUGUCUACAGAGCCACUCAUGAACUACUUGGAUAUGUCAUAUUAUGGAACAAUUAGCAUCGGAACACCACCACAGAGUUUCACCGUCAUCUUUGACACUGGUUCAUCAAAUCUUUGGGUCCCUUCGGUUUACUGUUCCAGCCAAUCAUGCACAAACCACAAGAAAUUUUCACCAAGCAGGUCCUCAACAUUCCAGGCAACAAAAAAACCACUCUCUAUUCAGUAUGGUACAGGCAGCAUGACUGGGAUCCUGGGCUACGACACAGUCACUGUAGCAAAUAUUGCUGUCAAAGAGCAGGAAUUUGGGCUAAGUGAGAUUGAACCUGGGAGCACAUUCUAUUAUGCUCCAUUUGAUGGAAUCCUGGGUCUGGCCUAUCCAGACAUUGCAGCAUCUCACGUCACACCUGUGUUUGAUAACAUGAUGUCCGAGAACCUGGUCGAACAGGACCUGUUUGCUUUCUACCUCACUAGACAGGUUGAACAGUCCGGAAGUGAAGUUGUUUUUGGUGGAGUUGAUCCAAACCACUACACCGGCCAAAUUAACUGGGUGCCCGUCACUCAGGAAGGUUACUGGCAAAUCCAACUGGACAGGGUGACAAUCAAUGGUCAGGUUGUGGACUGCAGUGGGGGCUGUCAGGCCAUUGUCGAUACUGGCACUUCCCUGCUUACUGGCCCCAGUGAAUCCAUUAGCAUUAUCCAACAGUACAUUGGUGCAACUCAAGGAUACUAUGGCCAGUAUUCUGUCAACUGCAAUAAUCUGCCCAACAUGCCGAAUGUAGUCUUCACAAUCAAUGGAAUCGAUUAUCCCCUUACUCCAUCUGAAUACAUAAUCCAGGACCAGUAUGGCUGCAUGAGUGGAUUUGCCUCUAUGUACCUUCCAAGCUCUUCUGGAGGACUCUGGAUUCUGGGCGAUGUCUUCAUUGGGCCAUAUUAUUCCAUCUUUGACAGAGGAAACAAUCGUGUGGGUUUUGCCAAAUCUGUAUAAUUUAAUCAUCCAGGAUUGCAUUUAAAGCCUAUUCCAAUCCCCUUCAAGCCCUUUCCUCAUUCUUCAGCCAUGAUUGAAGCAAUGAAACCACAUACUCACAAAAAUUUAAGUAAAAGCCUAGGGAGUCUCUGGUCAAAGAUUAUGCAAAUUCAUCUGAUUAUAUAUGAGAUACCGAAAGGCACAUUUCUAAACUACCAGCCAAUAAGUUGCAACCUCUGCAUCAAAUUUGAAUACAACCUUCAAAUACUGAACGCUAAAUCCAACAAAAUGGCACAACAAAUUAUGAUUUGAUUGGAUCAUCUGCAUAGUCAACCUUGGAUGAUAAAUUGCAUCAUAGACAUACUCAGAUUUUUAUCCUCCUCUCUGACACUUACAAUGCUAAAUGAAGAGUUGCCUGCUCUAAGAAUUAAUUGCUCUGGACAUUAGACAGUAUGAACAAAGAUCAUUCCAGAGCCAAAAGCCAACUUUAUUCCAGAUGUUUGCUUUUGAAGAGAAUUUAGGCUUAUGGGUGGGAAGCAUGUUCACAAUGUUAGUCAAGCUCAUUCAUCCCUUUGGACGAAGCUAUGUCAACCAUUCCUGAAUAGUAGGUGAAUGAUCUUUACACGAGCACAUGCUUACACAGCUUUUGUAAAUUGAUGUUUGGUAUUACUCAUCAUUAUCAAACCUGUCUGCAUUUUAUGAUUCAUGAGUAGGAAACUCAUUAUGUCAAUUUAUUCCCAAGUUGUGAGUGUGAUAAUGAUCUCCGAUAUGAUUUUUAAUAAGAUCAUGCAGCGAGAUUUCAUCUUGAGGUGCACACUGGAUAUUUCCUAUCUCUUUAUUAGCAAAUGCAAUAAACUUAGACGUAUUGCAAACA